AUGAAACUUUAUGACAAGGCCUUAGAAGAAACGGAAAACUCCCUAUUGUUAAGUUUAUUCAUUAUUAUAAAUUCAUCUACCGAACGAGUCUUCAAGCAUUUUCACAGACAUGACAAAGCAUUUCAGGCAGACAAAGGCAGUCAGGGGGGCGUCAAGUGUGAACUGCAAACAUCUUUCAAAGACAACAGCAAGAAGAGGAAAAAACUAGAAAUGUUGCUUAAGAAACCUUCAAAUUAA